AUGCAGACACAAUUUCUUCUUAUUGCUGGUCUUCUCGCCAUUCUAGUUCUUUUUCAUUGUAAUACUGUUGCAGAAUCAGCUUCACUUCUACACGAUGAUGACCCAUGGGAUGACAUUAGCAAGGAAGAAUUCGAGAUAGACAAACGUUUGGCUGCAGCGAAGUUUGCUAGUGGACUUGGCAGACGCUUAGCUUCAGAGAAGUUUGCUAGUGGACUCGGCAAACGUUUAGCAUCAGAAAAGUUCGCAAGUGGCCUAGGAAAGCGUUUGGUGGCUGAAAAGUUUGCUUCGGCAUUGGGUAAACGUUUAGCCGCGGAGAAAUUCGCAUCAGGCUUGGGAAAAUGA